GCCCAUACUUUGGAUAGAAUUUAGAAGUAAAAAUCACGUUGUAACCCGAGGACUCUUUUGCAGGUUCCUCUUUUUCAGACUUCUAGGCUUCCGGGCUGAAAGCCCUAUGAAGCGGUAUAUAAGUCUAACUGCUAUUGCUGUUGCUAUUGAUUGUUUCAAGAGGAGCCACUCGCACAGCCUGCCAUGUUGUUAUUUAGCGGUGUGGGGAAGCUCAUCCUUUGGGGCACUUUCUGCUGUUUCACGAGACGUUCAUUUUCCAGGCAGGUCUGGGUGCGAUGUUGGAGUGGCUGCUGGGUCACCAUCAGACAGAGAGAGUAGCCAAAGGUGGCUUAUGUGCGGAGGCCGCCGUUCUGUUGCUGGGGAUGGUCUCGUCCCUCACCAGUCAGAUUCCCGCAGAGGGAGAGGAUUCCUGGCAAACCGGCUUCAUACAGAAUAUCCUCCACUUUGUCCACCUGGUGUACCAGAGAUACCCCCAGGAUCCCCUCUGGUCCAGCUCCCCCUUCCUCCAAGCCCUGGCCUUGGCUGCCUUCCCCUCAGGGCCACCCCAGCCUCCAGCCAGGAAGGACGUCUGGGACUUGGUUCAGCUUCUCCUGAUGGGAAUGAUGCUGCUGGACUGGAGGGACAAAAGUUGGCACCCCCUGGAGCUCAUGCUUGAGGUCUGA